AUGAAGUCCAAAGCUGGAGAACAUCAUCAGAAGAUUUGUACAGUUUCUUUUCUCGACUCCCUGCUCGUGCUGUUGCUCGCUGUUCCAUCAGCGCAGAGCUGGCUGGCUGGGAGGUGUAACGUGUAUGAAGACAAAAACUACUGGUUCAAAGAGGUGAGCUGCCGUGGAGAGAAGCUCAUAGCCGAAUGUUUUGGAGUCACGGACAUCAGAGAAGACUUAAAAGGUCUUCCCCCUAACCUGCUGAGCCUGUGUGUCGAUAUGGACCCUCACUUGCCAGACACUCCUUUGGACUCGGGUUUAUUUUCUCGUUUUGUCUCGUUGGAGUUUCUAAACAUUAAUGGAUGUUUCUCACAGAUCCAAGCCGGAGCUUUCCAGGGUUUGUCAAAUCUCACUGGAUUGCAGCUUUUUUCACAGUGGAGCGACAGUUCAGCUGGUUGCUGUGAAUCAGCUUUCGGAUCAUCGGUUUUCCAUCAUCUUACAGCUUUGAAAAUGCUGGACAUUGCUCUGUAUAAUUUGACGACCAUGGCUUUGGAUGCAUUCGAAGGAAUCCCUGAGCUGGAGCUGUUUCAGAUUCAUGUGUGCAUUGAAGACUGGUCAGAGGUGAUCUGCCGUCUGACACGUUUAAAUGUGGUUCACGAGUUCACUUUGAUUGCUCACCACAUAGGAAUUCUUAAACAUCCAGACUGCACCAAAUGGAAUAUAUCUACUGGAGGGAGUAGUUUUUUAUGCAACCUUAGUAAUCCAAACUUGCUCUUCAAUAAAAUAGAAAAGAUUGAGCAAGGAGCUUUGACGUAUUUCGGAGAUUUAGCGCACAUCACUUUGGAAACAUGGCCAGGUGUAUCUGUGUUAAUGUAUCUGUCUUUGUUUGGGUUCAGUAAAAUAACCAAUCUCUCAGUAAUGGGCUAUCAAAUCGAUUUAGGAGAACUGUGCCAACUCUCGGAGAGGUAUUCAGCUGAAGAAGUUGGUGUUAACUUUGAAAUUAUCAACACAUCAUCAUUAGUUGCUGUAACAGGUUGUAACAAGCUUAAAGCAGUGUAUCUUUAUUCUAUGGGCAUCAUUGAACACCGUUAUUUGUACAUGAAUGAUUUUCUGAGCUUCACAAACCUCUCCUCACUGGCUGUGAUGUCAAUUUUACUCGACCCACUCGACUUAAGGUCUAUAUGCCUUUCUUCCCCACUGUCAGUUCAACAUUUGUCUUCACUGACGAUAAACAAAAGCAAUCUCACAAAAUUAGUUAGUGAUCAAUUCACAUGUUUCUUCAGUCUCGAAACGGUAGACCUGUCCUGUGACCGAAUUUCUGAGAUUGAAGAAUUCGCCUUCAGAGGGCUUGAUCAGGUACAGAUCUUAGACCUUCAACAGAAUAUCAUCAGGCACAUUCGUAAGCACACAUUCAGCGGCUUAUUUGCUCUUACUUACCUUGAUCUUCAUGAAAACCCGAUCUCACAAAUCGAGACAAGAUCAUUUGAGCAUUUGACCAACCUUCAGCAGUUUCUGCUGGGAGACCUAAACUUCUCACCAACAGAUCCAAACAUCCGGCUUAAUUUAACCGAUGUGUUUGGAGAAAUCCCGAGUCGUCUGGGUCACCUCUUUAUUAGUUCAGGCCUGAGACCAAUGCAGUUGGCUAUUGGCACUUACGGAACACGAGGAAAACUGAACCAAAGCCUGAGCCUGCAUAUUAAUGGACAAUAUGUGAUGGUUGAGGAUUGUGAAAGCUCACUCCUGGAAUCUGUGGUCACGCUAAGAAUCAAUUCGGGACAAGUCCUCUGUGGUUCUGAAUUCAUAGGAAGUUACACAAGGCGAGUGGAAUAUCUGCAAUUCAUAUCCACAUUCCCAGAAGAUGUUGGGGACAUCAAAGCGAUCAACCAGCUGGUUCAUCUUAGGAAACUGAGUUUGGAAAACAUAGACUUGUCCAAGCAGCCGUAUGCCGCUGUUAUGUUACACAAUCUGAGCAAACUGGAGAGUCUUGCCUUGACAAACUGUAGGAUUGACUUUCUUGACGGGAGUCUAACUAAAGACUUGAAGUCCCUGAAACUUAUGGUCUUGUCUUUAAAAGACACGGUUAAGAUAUUUUCCAACUUUGCUGAGAAUCUAUCUAGCUUGAAAUAUCUCUAUUUUUCUCAUUUACGACUCCAUUGCAAUUGUGAUAAUGCGUGGCUCAUCUCUUGGGCUCAGAACAGCAAACUGGUGGAGGUGCACAUGCGUGAUCCGUCCAUUAAAGAAAUGGAAUGCCUGGCGAAAAACGGAAUCGACCAUCACAAAUUUGUUCAAUACACCAAAGAGGAUUGUUCCUUUGAGGCACAGUUUGUGCUGUUUGCCUCCACCUCCUUGUCUGUGGUGAUGUUCAUGCUUGCAGUGGUUUUCCACCGAUUGGCAGGACCCUACGUUCUGCCACUUUAUUACAUCGUCCAUGGAUGGUUUCAGGAGGCUUUGAGGAAAGACAGUAAACGUCGUUAUCGUUAUGAUGCUUUUGUCUCCUACAGUGGCCAGGAUGAACAGUGGGUUGUGGAGAAACUCCUGCCCAACCUAGAGAAUCGUGGGCCUCCAUUUCUGCGCCUGUGUCUGCACACUAGAGACUUCCAGCUGGGACAGGACAUUGUGGAGAACAUCACUGACAGCCUUUACAGCAGCCAUCGCACUCUUUGUCUGGUCAGUCGAAAUUACCUUCGCAGCAACUGGUGUUCUCUGGAGCUGCAGCUGGCCACUUGCCGGCUACAGGUGGAACACAGGGAUAUUCUUAUCCUGGUGUUUUUGGAGAAGAUACCUUCAAAAAUGUUGUCUGCCCACCACCGACUGGCCAGGCUUGUGAAGACCAGGACCUAUCUGGCCUGGCCUCAGAAAGCUGAACUGCAGGACGAGUUCUGGGAAAGGAUGUGGAAUAAACUGAAGCCUAAAACAGGCAACUAGAAACGUGAGAAUGGACAUCCCUGCAAAGGUUUAACUGUA